UGCACAGACUUUGCAGAAGAAAAAUGGAGUCAAAGAAAAUGAUUAAUUCAUCAAGAAAAAGGAUUAGGAAAUAUCAUACAAGAAAAACUCCAAUCAUUAAUUCUUAUACAGAUAUGGCUGAAGCUAGAAGAGAAAUUGUCCAUGCUUUACACCUUCAUAGAUCUUCAUCAUUUAAUAACCCAAACACAAACAAUUAUGCCUUAUUGGGUCAAAGAGUAAAUUCCCAGCAAUAUUAUUACUCAAUAGUGGAAUCUAUGCCUAUUCCUCAACCGACAUGGUCUACAACGGCUCCGGCAAUACAUAAAACACCGCCGCCACCACCACCGCCACCUUCUUCCAGUGGCGAUGUUACGGAGUUCGAUUGGUGGCUAGGGUUUCUUAAGUCAUUGGAUUUGAAGAAGAAUACAAGUGAAGUAGAAAAUAUUUUGAUGGAAAAUUCAAAGGUGAUUAGUCAAUUACAAGAUGGAUUAAAGAAGGAUUCAACUAAUAAUCUUAUAGAUGAGUGGUUAAUUAUUCCUACAGCUGAUGAUGAUAAUGUGUUAAUUGAGUUUUAA